UCCCGUGGUUAGUUGUGGGUUAAAAGCUUCAGAAAGUGGCUGUGUUUGUAGUUUAAAGAAAAUUAAUGUUAUAAGUUGACAUAAACGGAGCUAAUUUCUCAUUUACAAAGGAAGGGAGAAUUUAAUUCGCUACUGCUGACAGCCAGAUUCUAUGACCAAGACAACGAGGUGAUUCCAACGAAAGGAGAAGAAAAGGAAAGAAAAAAGGAAAAAUACCAUGCCAGAUCAAAAAAUAAAGGAUAAUAACAACCUCAAGUACAAUACUCGACAAGUGACGUAUGUCUCCAUCCCUAUGAUGGACACAAAAUCUUCCAGAAAAGUGGCAGACGAAGUAACACUCCGCGAUGCAGUUGUCAGAAAGGACUUCCACCUGUGCGCCAAACUGCUGGAGGAGGGAGCCGACGUCAACACCACGGAUGAAGACGGGUCGACGCUCCUGCACAUCUUAGCUCGGAAAUAUUCCAAGGUGGAAACCCGCGCGAAGAAAAUCCCGGCGCUCCUGCUGCAGCACGGGGCGAACGUCAACGCCAAGGACAAGAAUGGAGACACGCCGCUUCACGUCGUCGCGAGAGAGGGCUCGGAGGACUUCUGUCGUGUCAUCCUGGAUCACAUCGCUCGGAAUCCAGGGGUCAAAGUGGACACGAAGAAUAAGAAGCUGAUGGCCCCUCUGCAUCUGGCGUCUCAACAGGGCCACGACAGAAUAGUGCAGCUCCUUCUGGACGUGGGAUCCGAUCCGCUGUCCUCGGAUGGCCAAAAAUACUUCCCCAUCCACCACGCCGCCGAGAAGGGCUAUGCCACGUGCUGUAAAUUGCUCUUCCCUUCGUACCCAGGCGAUGCCAAAACGGAAUCCAAGGUAAUGACGCCUUUGAUGUUAGCCGCUAGAGGUGGGUUUUACAGGUGCCUCGAAGUGAUGACAGGUGAAAAAAUCGACUUGAAUAAGCAGGACCAGCAGGGCAAUACCGCACUGCACAUAGCUGCAAAGGCAGGAUUUGAUAAAUUUGUGAAACAGAUCAUUGCCUUGGAAAGCGACAUCAACAUCAAGAACAAGGCAGGGAACACACCGCUUAUGGAAGCCGUAACGAAAAAUCGUGCAAGUUGCCUGUUGAUGUUGUUGCACAAAGGGGCCAAGGUGGAUGAAGUCAACAAGAUGAAGAGAAGUAUUUUGCAUAUUGCCUCGGAUAAGAGGUCUGGCGAAUGUAUGGAAUAUAUUCUGAAAAGUGGUGACAUGAAGAAGGUGAUUAACCUCCAGGAUAACGAUGGUUGCACCGCACUCCAUAUAGCAAUCAAAAGAGACUACGAGAAAUGUGCCCUUUUGCUCCUCGACGCGGGAGCCUCGCCCGAAGUGGCAUGCAAGCAAAAGUUCACCCCUCUCCAUCUGGCUACUCAGUGCACGAAGACGAAUCUAUUAGAAAACCUUCUUAAACACAAAGGCUUGGACCUGGACCCCGAAAACUUAAACAAAGAGACACCCUUCCACCUGGCUGCCAAGAGUGGUUUAAGAGACACGUGUCUUCUGCUUCUGAGGAAAGGCGCUCGGUUGAACGCCGUGAACAAACACGGCCAAACGGCUCUCCAUCUUAGUGCUUAUCACGGACAUCACUCUGUCGUAAAAUUAUUGAUCAAAAGAGGAAUCGACAAACGGGCGACAGAUGAUAAGGGCUCAGUGGCGCUCCAUGCGGCUGCGCUUAAGGGUAAUCUCGAAUGCUGCAAAGUUCUCGUGGAGGCCGACAGGGUUAGCAGCAAGGAAAAAAACAAAGGGGACAAGUAUCCCCUCGAUUAUGCUUAUAUUAACGGCCACCAAAAAGUAUUCCAGUUCCUCUUGCAGAGUCUGCCGUUCAAGAGCAUCGCCACCCUACCUCAGGGAAUACAUGAGAGGCUUCACUCGCACACUCACAAGGCGCUAAAAGAAAGUAACAAAUCAGCUGUUGAAACGAUUGUGGAGAGCAUGUGGUGGGAAGCCGGUUUCGGUUCCGGCAAAAAGCACGAUAGGGAGCCUUGUAAGAACUUCAGGGACCUUAUCAAACUUUACCCUUCAUUAGCUGAGAGAGUGAUGGACAAAUGCACCACCACUUGCCCGACAACGAGAGUCAAGUCCUACGAUUUCAGGAUAUUUGAGGACAACUACUACAUUGGGCAAGAGAAGAGGAGUUGCUUGGAUAUACCCCAAAGCCCUUUCUACCAAGACACGUGGAGGGUUACUUGCUUUGCGGAGGAAAUAGUCACCGACAACCUCCUCUGGAAGAAGGAACACCCCGUAAACCUCAUGGUCGUUCACCGCUGCCCCCAGCUCCUGCAGCACCCACUGACCAACGCGUGGCUCAGUCAUAAGUGGACGUCGUACAUUCGGUUCAUUUACUUCGGGACGCUCUUUCUGCAGCUGAUUUUCAUGACAACUCUGGUAGCCUUCAUGGUUGUGGUGCAGAACUGGCAACAGGUAACCCAAACCUACAACAUGACAAAAGAUGAGUUCUGCAAAGCUAUGCAAGGGCCCCACCCAGUGAACUCUACUUCCUUAGUUCAAGAAGCCAAUGCAACGUCUCCUCGACCUCCCGACGCGGCAGAAGAGAACCCUCUCAGCUGGGAUCCCUGGCCGUCCUACAUCUGCCAUGUGGCGCUCUGUUUAUCACUGGCCGGUCAGAUCGCCUUGGAGGUCAAUUACUUCUUCAAAUUACGCUGCCUGUACCUAAACGUCACAUCUCUGGUUUCCCUUUCGUGCAUGGCCCUGUGUAUUGUACUUCUGCUGCCUACGUCCGUCUGCAGCCUACAACUUGGAAUCAAGUCGGUCUUUAGCUGGCAGUGUGGAAUCAUCGCCUUGGUCUUGGCCUCCAUUCGCUUCAUCAGCACCAUCAACCGACUCCCUGCUUUCUCCAUGUUCACAUCAAUAAAUCACAGUUUUAUCAUGAGUUACCUGAAGGGUGUGAUGUAUGUCCUGGUCAUCCUCUUCCUCUUCGCCCUCAUCUUCCACCUCCUCCUCUCGAAUCAGCUGCCUUUCGCCACGCUCCCUCAGGCGCUAGUGAAGAUAGUCGUUUGGAUGUUGGGGGACCUUGCCUACGACGAAACCUUUAUAAAGCCUCUACAUUAUCCAUACCUCGUCAACUGCCUUUUCCUCGUCUUCCUGUUCACCGUCGGAGUGCUGAUCGUCACCUUGCUGAAAGCUCCCUCGUCUGAUAUCAACAAAAUCAAAUUUUACCGCCUGGCGAGACAAGCACAGAUGUAUUUCAUGAUUGACAUUAGUUUUCCCCGCUUCAAGAGGUCCUAUGCGGUUGGAAAGUUUAGCGACAAGGAGCACAAGCCCUGGAUCGUCUCCAAGCUCGAGAAGAUUUUGAACCGUCGGCAGCCAGGAGCCGUGGUUGUGCAGAACCUCUUAAAUGUAGUGAAAAUAGGGCUUAUAGACGAUCGCGAGUACAGGAAGCCAGUGGAGAGGCACUGGUUAGUGGUUAAAGUCGAGGAAAUAUUGAAUACAUUCACGUCUGAGGACGAUGACUCCCAGGACUUCCCAAACGUCACCCAGGAGAAAAUUGUUAAUCAGUGUGAUAAGUUGGAUCAGUUAUUAGUACUGUAUAAUCAGUUAUAUGAAAGCUAUCAGAAACAGAAUGAACAAAUUAGUGAGCUAAAAAAUCAGAUUGACAAUUUAAAGCUCCACACAUUCUAAAUAGUAAGUAAGGUUAACUUUUAUACUAAUCUCAAAUAUAUCGCUUUUCAUUCUUGAGAAGCGCCAGAGCUUAUCAUGUUUACAGAUGCCCAUAUAUAAUAUGCCGUUGAAAUGCUUUCGUAGCACAUAUAUAAAAGCAGCUGUCACUCAGCACCCAUAUUAGCCGAUAAAAAUUGUCAUAUUCAUGGAUAAUCUCACCGAUGAGACAGGUAAUUCAGAAGGUUGUAUGUUCUUUCGUCUGCUCAAGAACACUCGGUGAUAAUAAUUAAAAAACCGUCCAGUAUCCAUUGAAUUUGAACAAGACACAAAAGCACAUCAUGUUGUUAGUAUGGUCAUAUAUAUACAUACAAAGCCCUCGUUAGAAUCAAACUCUUUAACACAACUGUUACGGAUGACAUUCCCUUUCGUAAAACGCUUGACUAAAUUAAGCUUUUCAGGAUUAAGUGGGUUGGUCGCAACACAAACGCCAUUCCCAAAUUCUCGCAGUUACCUCUCUGACUGAAUUACUGUUACACAGAUAAAUGCCAUUCAUGAGAACCAUCACGUUAACCAUGGGCAGUCGCCUUGUAUUCAGGCACGAGUUAAUUUCCACCAUCACCUCCAUUAAACUUCAUAUUGUUAACUCG